CAUACACCUCCCCUUGUAAUAAAAAAAGGAUUUAGCAGAGUUAUCUGGCCAAACAGGACGCAGUGUGCCUGCAAGCCUCACACCUCUCCUGGCUGAUCAAAGGCAAAGCCACGUGACGUUUUAUGAGCUCAGCGAGGCUGUUUGCACCGUCUGGACUCACCUGAAACAAACUGCCGUGUCAGAGUUUACCUUCGUCCUCGGCUCUCACCAUGAGCACGCGAACCCACACCUGAACCCCGAUGGCACAGCGGAGAAACAUGGGAUUUAUGAUCAAAGUCAUAGUUAUUGUUUUGCACUGCAGAGGCUCCUGGGCUGACACCACCAGGACCCUCAGCGUGCUGUCCGGCUCGGAUGUGACCCUCGGCUGCCUGUUCGAGAAGCUCUCCAGGUUCGUGCACUGGAGCGCGUUCACGGUGGAGUGGAACGUGGCGGACAGGCGCGCGGCCAAGCGCACGGUGUACACCCUGGAGGACGGGAGCGCGCACGUGAGCAGGGAGGGCUGCCAGGUGGACCGACUGGAGCUGCAGAGGAGCAACGCGUCCCUGCAGCUGCGCAACGUGACGGUGGGAGACCAGGGCCUGUACACCUGCAGGGUCAUCACACCUGUCGUGCACACCGAGGCCACGCUGCUGGAAGUGCUGGCUCGGCCCUCUGUGUCGCUCCCAGAAAAGGCGACAGUGACAGAAGGCGAGGAGAAGACUCUGCAGUGUGACAUUUCAGGCUUCUACCCAGAGAAACUGGACGUGACGUGGCAGAUCCAAAACGGCACACACACCGUCCCGGCCAGUGCCACACACCUGUCCCGUGUCUGCACCGAAAUGGCCCUUCUGAACGCCGACGGCACCUACAGCAUCCGCAGCGGCUUGACGGUGCACUCUGCAGCAGUGACAGGCGGAGAGAUCCACAUCAGCUGCCAGAUCAAACACCAAACCUACAGCGGCCUGUACAGCAAAACUGUCACUGUCACAGUUCAAGCUCCACCACAGCCUGUGUAUGACGCUGUCACACUGGUCGCUGCUACCAGUGUCACCAGUCUGCUGCUGGUCGUCUGCUUCACUGGAGGCUCGCUGUUGGUCUGCAGGUAUUUCAACAGAGUCCCGCCCAGCGUCUCUGAUAUCACGGGACCCAGCAUCGUGUACGCCCACGUGCCGACAGAGCUGAGAUGCACCAUCAGACGGGUUGGGCAGAGAGAGCUCAAGGUGAAGUGGUACAAGCUGGCGUCCGGUUCAGACUCGGCCCCGGGGUCGCCCACCCAGUCCGAGGCCGAGCCGGUGCUGGCGGCUGAGGAUCUGAGCGAGCAGACGACGCUGCAGUCAGAGAGCAGACACCACGUGUCCGUCCUCACCGUCUGCUUGACUGUCAGCGAAGACCUCACCACGUACCGGUGUGUGGUGUUUUACAGGGGCAAGAGGAUCACCAGAGAAACCACCGUGAAAGUGAAGGUGGAGCCGUCUUUCCUCCAGAUCUCCAGCAUCCCUCAGAUCCCCAAGGCGGAGCGGCUGCUGGUUCUCUGCUGCCGGGUGGAGAAUUUCUACCCCGCCGACGUCCACCUGGAGUGGUCGAGGAAUGACGGGGAGCAGGUCCGCACCAUCACGCACUUCGGGCCCUUCUCCGACCACAGAGGCCUGUACAGCGUCUGGAGUAAGAUCCAGCUGGUCAUGGCCAGGGAGGACGAGAGGGCGGUCUACACCUGCCGGGUUUACCACUCCAGUUUCCCUGCGCCGGGCUACAGAGACGUCCUCUACCACAUCAACACGCAAGGGACCCCCCCUAACGUGAUGUUCAUCAACUGUGAGCCGCUCUGCCCUCUCCUGAAUCAGGAGUGCACUCUUCACCUCUGCAUCAAAGACUUCUGCCCCGAAGACGUUUCCGUCUCUUGGUUUAAGGACGGGGAGGAGCUGCUCUCGGGCGUCUUCAACACGCCUCCCAGCCUGAACAUCAGCGGCCUUUACUCUAUGUUUAGUUUUCUCAAACUGACGCCCGACAAGGACGACCGCGGCUCCCAGUUCAGGUGCCGAGUCGUCCACAGCGCCCAGAAGGAGCCCGAGGAGAGGCUCUUCACGCUGCCACGUGUCGACAUGACUGUUACCGACUGAUGCAGAGACAAUGUGGAGCAUCGAGCUACACUGCUUGCUUUGAGCAACUUGUUUGACUUUAUUGUAGAAUUGAUUUGCACAGUACUGGUUGUCUGUGGGUGCAUCUAAAUCUGAAGUGAUUCUAAUGCAUCAUUUUGAUCUGACUCUUAAUUAUUCAUCCAAGGUUUGUUUUAUUAUUAUGGUUACGGUUAUUUUAUUAUUAUUUUUUUUAUUGUUUUUAUCCUGGGUUUCAGGUCUAUUAUUGUUUUUGAUGUUGUUUUGUUGUUUUUUGAUUUGUUGUUUCUAGCACUUUGGUCUGUGAGGGAUGAUAUUUCGUUCAGCUGUAUACUGUAUGUGGAUGAAUGACAAUAAAGUUUACUCGACUUGGA